AAGCCUGUCAUUGUCUUGCUUAUUCAGGAUGUCUUCCUACCAAACUGAAAAUGUCAUAAGGAAAAUCAUUCGUGAAAUAGGACAAGAAUGUGCCAGCAAAGGACAAACUGUUUCUGAAACCUUGGUAGCUUUCAUGGUGAAAGCUGUUGUUCUAGAUCCAAAAAAUGACUUCAAUGUGGAUCGAAUCCUUACAAAACCCGAUGUGCAAAAUCUCAUCCAGCUCUGCGUUGCCAGACUGCUUGACACAACAAACCCAUCCCUGGACACGAUUAAGAUGCAAGUGUACUUUUAUAUGAAUUAUGCAAAACGAGCUGAAUUCCUCAGUGAGCAGCAUCGUAUUCUGGAGGGAAGGCUGGCCCCUCUGGUCAGAGAGAUCACAGAUAGCCGUCCUCGUGUGAAAGAAGAAAUGGAGAGUGUGUAUCGAGGCAUCGUCAGCUACGUGCUGCUGCGCUCUGGCCUUGGCUCCCCCACGGAUAUUGAAGUUGUCAGGGAGGUAGCAGCUGCCUUGCAGAGCGUAUUCCCUCAGACUGAGAUGGCUGCUUUCACCUCACUCAGUAAAAAGAACAAAGAGCAGCAGCUGAAAACUCUCACCAAGCUUGUCACAGGAAUUCGGUUGUUCAACAAGGACCGUGGGAAGGGAGGAAGCAGCAUUGAUGACUUGCCAGCCAUUCUGAAUGAAGCUAUUCCGUCAGCUACGCGGGCCCUUGAUGAGGCCCUGAGCACCUGCCAUGCUCUGGCCCCCUGCUACACAGCUCUCCUGGAAUCCAUGAGUGAAGAUCGCCACAAGCACGUGCAGCUCAGCUCACUAAAGUUAAAAGAAGCACUGUUCAACGUGAGACAAUAUGAAGCCUUCCUUUGCGUCCUCAUGUCUGAAGUAAUUACAAGUGCUAGAGAAGUUGAAAUGACAAAUAAGCAGUUUGCAGCAACAAUGGAGCAGUUAAAAAACACAGUUCAGAAUAAGGUUUCUGUGGGUACAACAGAAGUUUUUCCUCUCUUCAUUGCACUUUCAAACCUAUGGACCAGCUUUCAGGAUGAGAUACUGCUGCUAAGUUUGCUCACAAAUAUGGCUAGUAACCUGCAACAGUUCUUGAAAAUCCAGUCAGAGCUUUUCCCUGAGGAGGUGCUAACAUCUCUUCUGGAAGGAGUGACUGUGAAAAGUGAUGAGGAAAGGAUAAGAGAAACCAUGGAAACCAGAGUAAAUGUUUCUGAUUUCAAGAACCGAGAAUGGCUUUUUCCAGAGACCACCACUAAUUUUGAUCAGUUGCUCAUCCAGUUCCAUGGUUUCUGUGCACAUGCAAUUGGUGAGAAAGGCCUCAUCCUGCCAGGAAACCCUGCUAUUGGAAUUUUGAAGCACAAAGACAGAUAUUACACCUUCAGUUCCAAAGAAGCUGCAUAUGCUUUUGCUCAAGAUCCCGAUAAAUCCAUUCAGCUGAAUACAGAAAAAGCAAAGCAACACGCAGAGCUAAUUCAGCUGCUUGAGCUUCACCACCAGCUUGAAUACCUGGCUCCAUGUGGUGCACAGGUCAGAGACGGUGAUGAAUAUUUGAUGAAACCAAUCACAAAACGUGACAGUAGCACUCAAACUGAUACUCAUAUCUUGCCCCCAACUAUUGUGACAUCCUACGAGUGGAAUGAAUGGGAACUGAGAAGAAAAGCUAUAAAACUGGCCAAUUUGCGCCGCAAGUUAACCCGUGCCAUGCAGACUGAUCUCAGCCACAUGAGGAGAGAGAGCUGUACCCAGGUGUACUUGCCCAAGGACGCUGGCACCCAGACGAAGCGCGAGAGCUCGAGCAACGUGCCCCGACCACGCGUCUUCCUGGAAGGCCUCCGAGGUGGAUCCUCUCCUACAACUCACAUGGUCCAAGUAGACUUAACAAGAGCGGUAGAUGAAACCUAGCUGAAAAUGAGAAAGCUAAAGACAUAAAAUAAUUGUGUGUAUAAAAUCUCCAGUG